CUGAUGAGCAUCAUGACGGGCCGGGAGGACGUUGGCGAAGAGAAGCCCAAAGUGAAGAUGUUAUCUCCAGGAUUUGGGAUUGAUAAAUCCCGGCUGCACGGCUCCGGGUUCCGGUCUAAAGGCUUUGCCAUCACCGACCUGCUGGGCCUGGAGUCGGACCUGCAGGCGCGGCAGCAGCCCGGAGGUGCUCCGGGUUCGGGCCUGUCGGCGGCGUGCUCCGGGCCCGGGGCCGAGCCGCAGGGUGCCAGCGGCGGCCUCGGAGGGUUCUCCUUCCCGGGAGGGUCGCUGCCGCUCGGCCUCGGCUUCCUGUGCAGCCUCGCGGCCCAGCAACCGGCCGGAGCACCCUGCUUCCUGCCCGGGCACCUGCCGCUGCUGCAGGCCCGGGCCGACAGCCACUACCUGCAAAACCUCGAGGCCCAAAGGGACGCCUACUCCGAUGAGGAGUGUCUCUCCGACAGAAACGACUCCAAAAGUUCAGGAAACAAUCAGAAGAGAAAGAAGAGGAGACACAGGACGGUGUUCACCUCCCACCAGCUGGAGGAGCUGGAGAAAGCUUUUCACGAGGCUCAUUACCCCGACGUCUACGCCCGAGAGAUGCUCGCCAUGAAGACAGAGCUGCCCGAGGACAGAAUACAGGUGUGGUUUCAGAAUCGGCGGGCGAAGUGGCGUAAGCGUGAGAAGUGUUGGGGUCGCAGCAGCGUCAUGGCGGAGUACGGUCUGUACGGGGCGAUGGUGCGACACUCCAUCCCGCUGCCAGAGUCCAUCCUCAACUCCGCCAAGAACGGCAUGAUGGGAUCCUGCGCCCCCUGGCUGCUCGGUGAGCCGCAUGCACGAAUGCACAAAAAGUCUUUAGAAAUGGCCAAAAAAUGUUCCAGUCCUCGGCAGUCUGACUCCGCCCGCUCCGACUCUUUCUGCGACGCCUCGGAGAGACGGGGCGGCGGCGAGGCCCGGGGGGUGGAGCGUGAGGCAGUGGAGGAGGAGGAGGAGCUGCUGGAGGAGGAGGAGGACAUGGAGGAGGAGGUGGCCAUUGACCUGUCCAGCUCCUCCAAACAGCAGCAGCAGGAGGAGGGAGGGAGGUGCGCCUCCUCGCCGCGGCGGCAGAGUGGUGGCAACUCGGAUGAACACAGCUGA